AACCGUCUCAACAAAUUUCUAAUUCUUCACUUUCUCACUCUAAAACCCUCACACCCUCUCUCUCUCUCUCUCUGCAACUUUCAACAAUGGCUAUGGCUUUUCCUUCUUCAAGAAACGAAACGUCGUCGUAUACACAUUCCUAUUCAUCCGCCUUCGCUUCUUCAUCAGUAACCAAUUUCACUCCAAGAGCCUCUCCUGUAAUCAUGCAAUCCUCUUCCUCCACCGCUAACGUUAAACUCCACGGUCACCGCAAUUCACCUCCGUCUCCACCGUCUUCCACCGUAAGAUUCUCCGUUGAACAACGUUCAGAAUCCAUAACUGUGACGAAGGAUUCAAGAAACAACAACGCUGUUUCAUCGUCGUCAACAACCGAGAAACCGGCGAGGAAGUGCAUGUGUUCUCCGACGACACACGCCGGAUCUUUCCGUUGUGCUUAUCAUAAACGGAUGGCGGAGCAAGAACAACAACGGCAACAGAAACAGAAACAGGAACAGAAAGAAGCGCAAGUAGAGAAGCAGCAACAACAACAACGGUUGCAAAUUGCGUUGUCAAGGAAUAGAACGGUGAAUCUUCGUAGAUCGGCGAUGAAGAAUUCGCUGAUGAGAAUCGGAGUUGAAGGUGAAAUAAUGAAAAGAACUUUAACGAAUCUGAUUAGACCUUUAUCGCAUUUGCUUCGCCGGCGGGAAGCUUUUGAGCCGAAGCCGAGCCGGCUCUCUACUAUGUCCAAAGCUUAGUGAAUCUUUUUCUUUUCUUUUUGGUUUUUCUUUCCCUCGUUCUUUAUGUGUUGUUGUGUGAAUGAACGUGAGGAACACGCGCUAGCUUCUUUUUUGUUUUGCUUUUGUUUUGAUACUAGCGGAAUAUACAAUAUGGAAAAUUAGUGGUUGUAAAUUUUUGUGAUUAGUUUUAUUUUUAAUUGUA